AUGGAUUUGGAUUCUUUCCUUUUACUGGCUCUUCUGAGCAUCGGGACACUGCUCCAAGUGGACGCCUCAGAAAGUUUCACAGCCAAGUAUGGAGAGACUAUGGUGAUACCAUGCAACAGUGGCGCUGCAGCACCUGAAGAUCACUUCAAAUUCUAAGAGCACGGAAAUGGCAGUUCAGGGGUUAAAAUUUAAACUCUAAAAAGAGUACAAAAUAAAACUAGAAAAAUAAGAAAUUCAUAAGUAUUUUUCACCAGACGCUAUAAAAAGGGAAAAGUGGGAAGGUUAUAUUCAUUUCUGUUUAAAUGCUUGGAGAGAGAACAGCAUAUAAUAUUCAGCCAGCAGCUUUUUAUUUUUCAUUAUCCAGCCAGCGGUUUUUUUUGGUUUAUUACCGUGUGCCUGACCUGAAGAAGACCCACCAGGGUCGAAACGUUAGGAGGGAAAUCUGGAAGACAUAGAGGAGGAGGUGCGUCACAAAAAGACAACCAGAAAACGAAAGAGGGACCGAGACCAUGACGGCGGCCCGUCCACACCCAGCUCCAGCGGCAGCCAAGGGCGCGACAAGGACGAUGAGGGGAAGAAAGCAAAGAAGCGUGGCCGCCCGCCUGCUGAGAAGCUCUCACCAAACCCUCUAUCCCUCACCAAAAAGAUGAAGAAGAUCGUUGAUGCGGUUAUCAAAUACAAAGACGGUAAUGGCCGACAGCUGAGCAAAGUCUUCAUCCAGCUGCCCUCGCGAAAGGAGCUGCCUGAGUACUAUGAGCUCAUUCGCAAACCUGUGGACUUCAGGAAGAUCAAGGCCAUAGGUCAUUGGCACACAAUUUUAUUUGUAAAUAGUUCAUUUUUUUUUAAGUUAAAAAAUAGUUGGAAAACACAGUGCAUUUACUUUUUUCACCUUUUAUGAAAACAAUCAGUAUUUUCUUUACGAAAGUAAAAAAUUACAGUUAAGUUUCCUUUUAUUUUACAGAAAAAAAGUUAAGUUUCCUUUUAUUGAAAAGAUCAGUAUUUCAUUUUUUUAAAACAAACAACAAAUAAAUAUUUAAGAAAAAAAAGCCACUCCAACAUGAGUGGCUACCAAGAUGGCUGGACAGAAGUCUACUAUGGCCAAAGGGGCCAACGCUUCCGCCAGCCCUUUUGGGACCGGAGGAACGUGUCCGGUUGGGGGAAGGCCCGUGCCUACCCCGCUCCCUAUGGGAGACGGGAGACAGUCCCCUCACCUUGCCAAGUGCAUGACCCGUCUCUCUGUGGCAACCAGCGAUACUGGUGCCUGGCUGACAGUCCUCACGUUCCUCUUGGCGGUUGGGCUGCUUGAAAACAACAAGUUUGUUGAUUGCAAACAGCUCAACCAGCUCAUCAAGGACCUUCCGCUCCCCGUCUCCAGGCUGCAGGAGCUGCUCCUGUUGUCAAAACACCUGCUGCCGAAGGGGAGCACGCCGUAUGUCUUGUGGAAGCUACACGAGACGAUACCUGUGCGUGUUCCCCCGAAGCAGCAGGGAGCAGCUCCUGCAGCCCCUGACCCCAAGAGGAGAUGGGUUGAGCAGGAAGCAGGUCUGGCAGAUGGAGAGGGGGUCGGAGAGGUGCCCGAUGUCCCCGUGCAGGAGCAAGACCUGGAGCCCGCCAGACCCAGGUACAUGCCGGCUAGCACGUAUGUGCGCUGGUCCGCGCAGGAGUUAUGUUUUAUCUCCCUAGACCGCGAGUUGAGCCACGGAAAGGCCUACAAGGGAUACCUGAAGGACUGCCUGGCCCAUAUGGUACCAGCCCGCCAGUUUAGUGCUUUUAAAAGGCGCAGGAUCUCCUUGCUGAGAGAUGUUAAAUAG